CUGCAAAUAUCUUCAUUUUUCUCACAUUAUUUGGCAGAGAAGCUUUCAAAUUUCAAGCCAACCUUUUAAAGACUGAUAAAAUAUGCCUGAGAAAGAUAUUUCAAGUGUCCUGAAAAAACCUCGUCUUGUGGUGAGGAACUUCUUGGCCAGGCCUCAGCAUGAAGGAGUUGGAGCCAUUGUUAGAAGGAGCAUAGGGAGGUUCGAGCUGAAAUACUUUGAUCCUUUCCUUGUUUUGGAUGAGUUCUCAGUUACUGCUCCUGCUGGUUUUCCGGAUCAUCCACACAGAGGAUUUGAGACAGUGACCUACAUGUUGCAGGGAGCUGUGACACAUGAAGAUUUUGAAGGGCACAAAGGGACAAUAGGAGCUGGUGACUUGCAAUGGAUGACCGCAGGAAGAGGUAUCCUUCACUCAGAAAUGCCUGCCGCCCAGGGAACCCAAAAGGGUUUACAAUUAUGGAUAAACCUCUCCUCCUCGCAAAAAAUGAUUGAGCCAAAGUACCAAGAAAUACUGAGCAAAGACAUUGCAGAGGCUUCAAAAGAUGGGAUCACAGUUAGGGUAAUAGCUGGAGAAGCCUUGGAAACAAAGUCACCAAUUUACACAAGGACCCCAACCAUGUACUUGGACUUCACCCUGAAACCAGGAGCGCACUUGCAACAGCCAAUACCAACAUCCUGGAAUGCAUUUGUCUACGUGUUGGAGGGGGAGGGUACUUUUGGAAGUCCACAAUCUUUGCCUGUGACAGCCCACCACCUUCUUCUUCUUGGAAUUUCUGGGGAUGGCCUGGAGACAUGGAACAAGUCAUCCAAAACCCUAAGAUUUAUCUUAGUUGGUGGUGAGCCUCUGGGGGAGCCUAUUACGCAAUUUGGACCCUUUGUGAUGAACAGUCAAGAAGAGAUUGAUCAGACCAUUGAGGAUUUUGAAAAUUGUGUCAAUGGAUUUGAGAAGGCUAGACAUUGGAGUUCUGGAGAUCCACUUAAUUAACCCUGAGUUUUAGUUCCUGUAUUAUUUGAGAAUUUAUUUGUUGCUUUAAUUAAAUCAAAUUCUGGGCCACAAAAUUGUUCAAGACUGAGGAAAUAUGAACUUAAGUGCUUCUAGCAUUCAUCUGGGAAGCUUAACUGAUUCACUAGUAUUAUUGCCCCUUGUAUUUGUUAAUAAAGGAGGCCUAAAAGCUGUUGUUUACACUUUACAUGCAAUUGUAUUAUACAAAAUGCUAGACUCAUGUUCAGGAUUCCAUUGUGAAUCUAGUGAAAUAUUUCUUUUUGCAUGGUUGUAGCUUCAAACUUAUUAAUCAUACCAAUAUUGCUUUGAUAUCCAA